GCCGCUGCCGCCGCCGCUGCCGUUUGUGAUGACCGUGUGAGAGCCGGCAGCUGCGUCACAGGCCACCCGCCCGCGGGGGCAGGGCGCCGCGGUGAUGCCGGGCCGAGCCGGGGGCCCCUCGCCGGCCGCGGGGAAGAAGCAAGUUCGGUUCGCUCGGCCCUUGCAGCGCCUGCCGGAGGAGGACGAGGAGGAGGAGGAGGACGAUGAGGAGACGCUGUUCGAGAGCCGGCGGCGGCGGCGGCGGGAGGCCGGGCCCGGGCCCGGGGCAGAGCCUGGGUCUGGGGACACGGUGAUACGGCCAAGGGCCACACGGCGGGGAGGCCGCUGUGCCGACACCUUGCUGCUGUGCGGGGCCUUCCUGGGGCUGGGAAUGAGCAUUGCUAUUUUAGGACCUACGUUUAAAGAACUCGCAACUAAUGUCGGCAAAAAUAUUAGCGAAAUCUCCUACAUCUUUGUGGGCCGAUCACUGGGCUAUGUGGGAGGCUCACUGAUUGGUGGGAUACUGUUUGACUGCACAAAUCCCCACUUGUUAAUUGGAAUUUCAAUGCUGAUAACUUCACUGGGAAUGUACACUAUUCCAUGGUGUACAAAGGCUGUCAUACUGACGGGAUUGAUGUCCCUCAUUGGAAUUUCAAUGGGCUUCCUGGAUACCGGUGGAAAUUUGCUCAUUUUGCUUGUGUGGGGCACGGAGGUCGGACCCUAUAUGCAGGCGCUGCACUUCAGUUUUGCAUUAGGUGCAUUUGUGGCUCCUAUCUUGGCAAAACCACUAUUGGGCACCUUACAAAAGACCAUUGACGACAAUGGGAACAGCCUUUUGAAUAAUACCAAGAAUAGCACUCAGAGUAAACUCGUGGGUUUUAUGGACGUACUGAAAACAACGGUUUCAGCCUUCACUCCUUUUAUCUGGACAUACAUUGUUAUCGGAAGUUUUGUGCUUUUAAUUUCUGUGUCAUUCUUCGGUAUCUAUUUAAGGAGCAGUCCAAAUCGAAACAGGGCUGCUGUUUCCUCCCAGGAGCCUCCGUUCGCAAGAUACCACACUAUUAUUUUGUUCUUCCUGUUCUUCUUCUUCUUCUGGUAUGUGGGAGCUGAGGUGGCUUAUGGAUCGUACAUCUUCACCUACGCAAAAGACUUUGUUCACUUUGAUGACAACCGGGCUGCAGGUUUAAACUCCUUAUUCUGGGGGACAUUUGCCACAGGGCGAGGACUUGCAAUAUUCUUAGCUGCGUGCCUUUACCCUGGAACUCUGAUACUGCUCAGUCUAAUAGGCUGCAUCAUCUCAUCCAUAAUAUUGAUAAUGCAUUACACAAAUCCAAUUUUUCUGUGGGUGGGCACUGCUCUCUAUGGCGUCUCAAUGGCAGCCACCUUUCCCAGUGGUGUAUCCUGGGUCAAGCAGUACACAAACACCACUGGGAAGUCAGCUGCUCUGUUUGUUGUUGGAGCUGCACUUGGUGAAAUGGUGGUUCCAGCUUUGGUUGGAUUCCUUCAAGGCCUCGAUACCAUCAGGCAAUAUCCUGUACUGAUGCUGACUGUUCUGGGUACCUCUGCAGUGACAGCUAUCUUAUUCCCUGUGAUGUACAAACUAGCUUCAUCUUCAAGCAGCAUCCAACCAGAGAACGAUGACCAGAAAGCUCUGUUAGGGUCAGGGCUUGAUGAAGAUGAAAACAAUGAUGAGCCUCCAGAAGACUGGAAUGAUGCAGAUUUCGAAGUGAUUGAAAUGAGUGAUGUAAAGUAUGACACAGACCGGAUUCCAACGAGGGAUGUUUCAGCAAAGAGCACUGACCUCGUCUCUCCAGAACAGAGUUCUUUCCCCUCACUUUCUACCCACAUGUAUCUCGGUGGCUCUCCAAGAAAGAAACUGUUUAAAUUGGAGAGAGAAAAGAAUGUCUGAAUACUACAAACCAAGCAAAUAUGUUUACAAAUCUGUCAGAAGACAAGUUAAAGGAUAAAUUUAAGAUGCCUUUAUACUUUCAUUUAAAACACUUGAUUCUUAUGUGACUGCUUGAAAUUAUAUGAUUAUCAUUGGGGUAAAUUAGCAUUGGUUGGAAUAAAUUAAUGUUGAUUUUGAUGUCUGGAAAGAGUUUUAAACAUUUGCAUGACAAUUUGUAUAUCUCUUGUAGAGGGAGUAGGAAUUCUGGUAAAUCCUACAGCUGAAAUCUUGUAAACAAACUUAAGUCGAUGUGGGGAACUAGUUCUGAUUGUGCUGUCUUGUUUCUCUAUUUAAUUAUUUGUCAGGUUUUAACCAUAAUCUCCAUCUGGUGUGACAAGAACUUAUAGUCACUGGAUUGCAGAACCAUCCUUAGUAAGAGUGUUGUGUGGCCUCACUACUGCAGAACGCAACCCUUGCAUUCUCCAGUUGUAUUCGUGUACAUUUUAGGGGAAAAACAGUUGGAUGUAAAGUGUGUAAUUUAGUGUAUAAUUUUAUUCACUUGCGGAAACAACUACCUUAUUCAAAAAUCAAAAACAAAGCAGUACAAAUAGUAAGAAAAUAUAUGGACAUGUUCUGUAUGAUAUAAUCCCAAGAUUUUUUGACAAUUACUAGUUGUUCCAAAAAUGUGUUUCAGAGAUUCAGAGUUUUGUUUGUUGUGUGUCUUCGUGAUCUCUCAAAACUCUUCGCUGCUGAAAAAGUGUUCUUCUUGCCAAUAGAAACAUGUUGCAUUUUCCAUUUAAAUGAUAGCUAGAUUUGUUAUCUGUUCUCAUAUUUGGCAAAAUCAGUCACCCAUAACAAUACCAACUGUCGAAGGAUGCUCAUUUUUAGUCAAUAAAUAAAGAUCAUCAAUACAAAGUGCUGUCCUGCAACCUUGAUCCUUUUUCAGGGACUUCAGGAGGCUGUAAUUCAGGUAACAAUGCAGCACUUGUUAGCAUAGUCAGAAAUUAGAUUUCCCAUCAACAUUCAAAUGAUCAAAAAACUGAAAAGCUGAGGAUAUUGGAAUAAAAGCUAGUUUUUCUUGAGGAGGAUGGAGGAAGAGGGGUUUAAGGAUGAAAUUUCACGUGGAUUCCAGUAGCUGAAUUCAGACAUUGGCCUCUUGGCCGUUUAGGAAAGGAAUUUCAGGGUGAAAACUUAGCAUGAUUCAGGGCAGUAAAUAUUGGGAUCAAGGUGGGUGAUGGAUUUAGGGAGAGAAACUGAGAAGUGCCAAACCAGCAGUGACGAAUUUAUGGGGGAUGUAAAUCCGAGGCUGAAUGCAGAGCAACAAUCGAGGCAAAGUUAUUUUCUGAUAGUCUUUUGUUCAGCAAUGUUAGCCGACGGGCUAAUUUCAUACAAUUUGCAAUCCUCAGUGAAGCAUGACAAUGCCUUGUUACAACAUUGAAACACAAAGUUUGGGUUGAUUAAAUGUUCCUAUUAUGAUUAAAA